AUGGUGUGGUUUAUUCUGUGUGGAUUUGCAUUGUUGUUUAUGAACCCGGGAACCUCUCUCGCCGGCGUCAACAACAACGUCAUGUACGAUGGCCGGUCUCUGAUAAUCGACGGUCAGCAUAAGAUUCUCUUCUCCGGUUCCAUUCAUUACCCCAGAAGCACUCCUCAGAUGUGGCCAUCUCUGAUAGCCAAAGCCAAAGAAGGGGGAAUAGAUGUGAUACAAACAUACGUGUUUUGGAACCUUCAUGAACCCCAGAAAGGACAGUUUGUUUUCAAUGGAAGAAGUGACAUAGUUGCUUUUAUGAAGGAAGUGCACAGACAAGGCCUAUAUGUGUGCCUUAGGAUUGGACCCUUCAUUGAGAGUGAAUGGACUUAUGGUGGUUUUCCGGUUUGGUUAAGGAACAUUCCGGGCAUCGUCUUCCGGUCUGAUAAUGAACCGUACAAGGCUGAAAUGCAGAGGUUUACAGCAAAAAUAGUAGACCUGAUGAAAUCAAAUGAACUGUAUGCUUCACAAGGUGGACCGAUUAUAUUGUCACAGAUUGAGAACGAGUACAAAAAUGUCGAAUCGGCCUUUCAUGAAAGGGGACCUCCUUAUGUUCUGUGGGCUGCAUCCAUGGCGGAAGGCUUUCAAACUGGUGUGCCCUGGGUUAUGUGCAAGCAAGACGAUGCUCCCGGCGCUGUGAUCAAUGCAUGUAAUGGAAUGAAGUGUGGAGAAACCUUUGCUGGCCCAAAUGCCCCUAACAAGCCAGCAAUUUGGACAGAGGACUGGACAAGCCAAUACCAAGUAUAUGGGGAUGAACCAUACCUCAGAAGAGCUGAAGAUAUUGCCUAUCAUGUUGCACUCUUUAUUGCAAAGAAUAAAGGAAGCUAUGUAAACUACUACAUGUAUCAUGGAGGAACCAAUUUCGGAAGAACAGCCUCUGAGUUUGUGACUACCAGUUAUUAUGAUGAAGCUCCUCUUGAUGAGUAUGGUAUGCCAAAUGAACCAAAAUAUAGUCAUCUCAAGGAAUUGCAUGCCGCAGUGAAGUUGUCCAUCAGUCCUCUACUUGCUGGAGAGCAAACCGUUGUCAAUUUGGGUCAAUCUCAAACUGCGUAUGUCUACAAAGUUAAAUCUGGAGAGUGUGCUGCUUUCCUGGUGAACAAUGGCUCUAAAGAUGCUAUUGUCCAAUUUCAGAACUCUCCUUAUCAAUUGUAUCCAAAGUCGAUUAGUAUCUUACCAGACUGUAAAAGCGUAGCUUUUAACACUGGAAAGGUAAGCGCACAACAUGCUACAAGAUCAUGGACACCAACUCAAAAGUUUGAUUCACAUCAGAAUUGGCAAGAGUACAAUGAACCCAUUCCCACUUAUGACAACACCUCUCUACGGCAAAACAUAAUAGUAGACCAAAUGAGAACUACAAAUGAUCUUUCUGAUUAUCUGUGGUACACUUUCAGCUUUCAGCAUGACUCUCCUAAUCCAGAAUCCACAUUAAACGUGCAAACACACGGACAUGUCUUGCAUUCAUUCGUAAAUGGAGUACUUGUAGGAUCUGGACAUGGAGUGCACAGGAAUGCAGGUUUUGCCUUGGAGAGUAAGGUUAAUCUGAAUAAGGGGAUAAACCAUGUCUCCCUACUAAGUGCAAUGGUUGGACUGCCGGACAAUGGAGCAUAUCUAGAGCGUAGAGAUUAUGGAUUACAUAGUGUGAAGAUUGACGGUAAAGAUUUCAGCACAUAUGCAUGGGGAUAUCAGGUUGGGUUGUCUGGCGAGAACUUACAAAUCUAUACAGACACAAGUAAAGUUCAGUGGCAUAGAUUAAGCUCUACAAAACAUCCCAUGACAUGGUAUAAGACUUUAUUUGAUGCACCAGCAGGAAAUGACCCUGUUGCAUUAAAUCUUGGUUCCAUGGGAAAAGGUGAAGUUUGGAUCAAUGGUCAAAGCAUUGGUCGAUACUGGGUCUCCUUCCACACCCCGAAAGGGACUCCUUCACAGACAUGGUAUCAUGUUCCUCGAUCUUUUCUGAAGCCUACUGGCAACUUGUUAGUUCUCAUUGAAGAAGAAACUGGCGUCGACCCGGUUAAGAUAUCUCUGGACAGAAUUUCAGUAGCGAAAGUGUGUGCGCUUGUGUCUGAAACACAUUUACACCCAGUGAGCACAUGGAUGUAUCAGAGGACUAGUGGGAACCUGAACAACACAAGACAGAACCCCGGCAGAAAGCCAACAGCGAAACUCAGGUGUCCUCCAAAUAGCUACAUUUCCAAAAUCUUAUAUGCAAGCUAUGGCAAUCCUUCCGGUGAUUGUAAAACUUAUGCCGCCGGAAGCUGCCAUUCAGAGGACUCUACAGCAGUUGUACAGAAGGCUUGCCUGGGCAAGAGGAGAUGCUCGGUCUCGGUAUCAAGUGAGAAGUUUGGUGAUCCAUGCCCAAGAAUCAGCAAAACGUUGUUGGUUGAUGCGCAAUGUGCAUGAUGAUACUAGUGGAGUAGUUUUGGAUCACCUAUGUCCUAGAGGAACAGAAGAAGCGAUUACAUAGUUCAGUGAUAUAGUGUAUUAAGUAUAGACCAGCUUUGAGCUAUCAUUUAUCUUCAAAUCAUAGUUUACAAUAAACUUUUGAUGGUUCAUAAGCUUGUCAAUAAACUUUAAAAACUGAAUGAACUAUUUAAGCGCUAUGCCAUACAUAAAAUCUGCGCAAACAUACAGUUGAUUCAAAUGGAAACUCUUAAAUAAAUGAGAUACAAUAACAAGCCUCAACAGCAAUCUAGCCCACAUCAACAUAGGAAAAUAGACAUAUACAAGUUCACAUGAAGCUCGAUCAUCACAGUCGUGGGGAAACGUGGUUUUGAUUCAUUUUAGAUACUACUGUGAAGAUUGUAAGGUGUUACAAUUACCAAGUUAAUUGUGCAUUUU